AUGGGGUUUAGUGUUAGGAGAUACUUUGUGAAUAAGAGCAAGAAAGACAACACGACUAUAACAUCUAGGGGAUUUGUCUGUUCAAAAGCUAGUUGUCGGUUGAGUGACAAGCGAGACAUCAAUAUUGUUAACCCCCGAGCUAAGACAAGAACAAAUUGCCAGGCACGAAUGAACAUAUAUUUGGUUGAUGAGGGAAAAUACAAGUGCUGUGAUUUUAUGAGAGAACAUAAUCAUGAGCUUCAUUCUACAUCAACAGUUCAUAUGAUGCGUUCACAGAGGAAUAUGUUAGACAUACAUAGGUAUGAAAUUGAUUUGGCAAAUGACUCGGGAAUCAGGCCUAGAUCCACAGUUGAGUUGAUGGGUAGGCAUGCUGGUGGGAUUGAAAACCGGAGCUAUAAGACUCAAGAUGUUAGGAACUAUCUCCGCACUAAAAGACAGCGUGCCUUAACAUAUGGUGAAGCAGAUAGUUUGAUAAAGUAUUUUGUUACCCAAACUAGGAACAACCCAUCUUUCACGUACUCAUUUCAGCUGGAUAGUGAAGAACAAAUAACUAACACAUUUUGGGCUGAUCCAAAGAUGAUCAUUGACUACACACAAUUUGGAGAUGUAGUCAGCCUUUGA